GGAACCCUAUAUUGAAGGUGUGUGAGGUGGUGGAAUGUGUGUUCUAAUCAACACUAUUUUCUUCUGUAACAGAAAAGGAAAAACCAAUCUUUUGUUCCAUAUAUCUGUGGAAUAUGUGUUCUAAUCAACACUAUUUUGAACUUUGUUCCCUAUAUCUAUCAAGUUCAUGAUAUCUUGAAAUCUUGAAUUACAGUGCCUGCUGAGGUAAUUGCUAGACAGAAGGGCAAGACAUCAUUAAUGAAAAUUAUUCCUUUCUGCUCUUCAUUCUCUGUUAUUCUUCCCCUCCUUUGCAUUUCUCCCUUCUUCUUCUUCUCUCAAUUUCCCACCUCCCCUUCUACUUUAGCUUAAUCUCUCUUACCCCCUGAGCUGUUACAGCAUGUGAUAAUGGUUCUAGUUGACAUUGCACAUGGGAGACUGAGGCAUAUUCCUUAUAGCGAUUCAAGAUUGAUAUUUCUUCUUCAGCUGUGCUGCUGAAACACUCAACAAACUGAAGUUUGCUCAAUGAGCAAAAUUCAUUCAGAAUAAUGUGGUUGCGAAUGAAUACUCAUCAGCAGAUGUUGCAGCACUAUAGCAUCAGAUAAGACUUCUGAAGGAGGAACUUUCCAGCUCUUUGUCAUUUGGUGCAGCAGGUACUGGAGACCAAAGGGAAGAAGAAUCCAAAAACUUUCUGACACUAUCAACUAAACAGCAUCAGGGAGGCCUAUAGUCCACUUGGUUGUAUGCCCUUAACAGAAUAAGUGAACAUAUUGCAUACAUAUACAAAUUGAUCAACGGGGUUUCUUGGAAGGGCAAGAAGCUUGACAAUAAAAAAAGAAACUUGCAGUAAGUUUGCUCCCCGUGUUGCAGUGGCAGGAAGAAGGCAAGCCCGAAAGACAUUAUGAAAAUUAAGAUCAGAAGCUUUAAUUCACUACCAAGACCAACCUCCACAUUAUCCCAAAUCCCUUCUGAACACUGUGAGCAGCACCUCCUCUCUUCAUGUAAAGACCUCAGUAAUCUCCUUCAACUCCAUGCGCACUUCAUCACUUCAGGUUUUAAAAUCAACUGUAUGGUAAAAACCCAUCUUGUAAACCUCUACGCUUCCUUUGGAAAAUGCCAUUUUUCACAGUUAGUUUUCGACUCCGAGCAAAACCCGCCUUUGAUUCUAUGGAAUUCGAUGAUCAGAGCUUACAACAGAACCAGCCAGUAUCGAGCAGCCAUCCAAAUGUACGAUUUAAUGACGCAGAAAGGUUUCCAACCCGACAAGUAUACUUUCACCUUUGCUUUGAAAGCUUGCACUGAGAUGUUCGACUUGAAAAAGGGUCGUGAUAUUCAUGAUGAUGUAUCUAGGAGGAACCUUGAAUGUGAUGUUUUUAUUGGGACCGGACUUGUCUCCCUCUAUUGUAAAACGGGUAAUUUAAAGAGCGCGAGGGAGAUGUUUGAUAAAAUGCCUAAAAGGGACGUGGUUGCUUGGAAUGCAAUGAUUUCGGGAUUUUCUCAGAGUUCAGAGCCUGCUGAUGCCUUAGAGUUUUUUAAGUACAUGCAGUUUAGUUGUGGGGUUCAGCCUAAUUCGGUAAGUUUGUUGAAUUUGUUUCCCGCGGUUUGCAAGUUAAUGGACGGGAAGAUUUGCAGGUCUAUUCAUGGGUUUGUUUAUAGGAGGGAGUUCCCUAUUUCUGUUUAUAAUGGGUUGAUUGAUAUGUACUCAAAAUGUGGGCACUCCAAUGUAGCUCAUCAAGUUUUUUAUCAGAUGAGAGUGCGAGAUGAUGUUUCAUGGGGUACAGUGAUGGCUGGUUAUGCAUAUACUGGGAAAUUCCGUGAAGUUCUGGAGCUUUUUGAUUGCAUGAAAAGAGAAGAUUUGAAAAUGAAUAAGGUAUCUGCUGUAAGUGCAUUGUUGGGAGCUGCUGAGAUGAGGGAUCUAGAAAAAGGUGUGGAGAUUCAUAAUUAUACAAUUCAAGAAGGGAUUGAUUCAGACAUUAUGAUUGCUACUUCUCUGAUGACAAUGUAUGCAAAGUGUGGACAGUUGGAGAAGUCUAAAGAAUUGUUUAGAGUGACACAGGAAAGGGAUUUGGUUGCCUGGUCUGCAAUUAUAGCUGCUUUUGCCCAAUCUGGAUAUCCAGAAGAGGCGCUCUCUGUAUUUCGAGAUAUGCAGCAUGAGAAUUUACUUCCAAAUAAUGUGACUCUAGUAAGUGUUUUGCCUGCUUGUGCGGAGCUGAUGUCUGUGAAAUUAGGGAAAGGCGUGCACUGCUACGCUGUUAAAGCAGCUAUUGAUUCCGAUCUUUCAACUGGAACUGCAUUGGUAUCCAUGUAUGCUAAGUGUUGCCUAUUUCCUUAUGCCCUCGGUGCCUUCAAUAAGAUGCCAUUUAAAGAGGUCAUAACAUGGAAUGCUUUGAUAAAUGGAUAUGCACAGACUGGUGACUCCUAUCAUGCACUAGAGAUGUUUUCAGAGUUGAGGUUAUCUGGGUUGCAACCAGAUCCUGGAACAAUGGUUGGUGUGCUCCCAGCAUGUGCUCUCCUGGGUGACAUUUAUCAGGGAACUUAUAUUCAUGGUCAAGUAAUCAAGUAUGGGUUUAUGUCAGACUGCCAUGUCACAAAUGCCCUAGUUGACUUGUAUGCUAAAUGUGGGAAACUCUCCUCUGCUGAAUUCCUGUUUCAUAAUUCCUUUGCUAAAGACGAGGUGUCUUGGAACACAAUGAUUGCAGGAUAUGUGCAGAAUGAAUGUGCCAAGGAAGCAAUCUCUGCAUUUCGUUGCAUGGUACUAGCAUCUUUUCAACCUAAUGUGGUCACUGUUGUUAGUACCUUGCCAGCAAUGUCAUAUCUGACCGCCCUAAAAGAAGGCAUGGCAAUGCAUGCGUACAUCGUCAAGAAGGGAUUUCUGUUCAAUACACUUAUCGGGAAUAGCCUAGUUGACAUGUAUGGAAAAUGUGGUCACCUCGAUAUGGCAGAGCAUGUAUUUCUCGAGAUGAAAAAUAGAGAUACAGUUUCUUGGAAUGCUAUGCUUGCUGCAUAUUCUGUGCAUGGGAAUGUUGAUCAUGCACUUUCCAUUUUCUCUCACAUGCAAGAGAACGAUGUUGAAAUUGAUUCUGUGUCCUUCAUUAGUGUCUUGUCUGCCUGUAGACAUGCAGGCAUGAUACAGGAAGGGAGGAGCAUAUUUCAGAAUAUGCAGAACAAGUACCAUCUCAAACCAGAAUUACCACAUUACGCGUGCAUGGUAGACUUGUUAGGUCGUGCUGGUUUGUUUGAUGAAACCAUGGAUUUGAUUAAGAAUAUGCCUAUGAAACCCGAUGCUGCUGUUUGGGGAGCAUUAUUGGGUGCAUCUAGAAUGCAUUCCAAUGUGGAGUUAGCUGAGCUAGCACUAAAGCAUCUCAUAAAUCUUGAAGUAGGAAAUCCAACUCAUUAUGUGGAGUUGUCGAAUAUAUAUUCUCAAUCUGGUAGGUGGGUCGACGCAAGAAACACAAGAGUCAGGAUGCAAGCAACCGGAUUGAAAAAGAUUCCAGGAUGUAGUUGGGUAAAGUAGAGGAAGGUCCUAUGAAUUUUUCUCAAGUGAACCAGAGGUAUAUGUGGCUGUGUGGGCUCAGCGCUAGGCAUUGUUCUAGGAAACACAAGAGUAAGGAUGCAUGUAAUUGGAUUGAAAAAGACUAGGUGCUAUGAAUUGUUUGAAAGUGAACAUGAAGUAGGUGUGGCUGCAUACAUAUGCAGAAGGCCAUAUUAUACUUUCCAGAAGAAGUAGAGCAACAAGAAUUACACUGGAAAUUUAGGAAAUGCAAGCCAACCAUACAUCUUUGGGUGCUUGGCAAAGGUGCAACCGAUCCAGAAAGGCUGUUAAAUAUAAAGGAAUUGCCUACAUCGUGGUCCUUGAAGUGACGGUUUGCAAGAGGGAAAGAAGGCAAACUACUUCCAGGAUCUAAUAGAUGUUCGAUAAACAUUGUCACCACCCGAUAUAGCUAGCUAGGGUGAGAAGAAAUGCAAGAUGAUCGAUCUAUGCAAGCUCCAAAGGUGGAUGGAUGGCAUCCAGAUAGAUCAGAGCUCUCCAUAAAGUUUGCUUUGGUUAUGUCUAGUGUUUAUAUUAUGCUGGGAAGUAGAAUUGGUUAGACAUGUUGUUGGGUCAAACCUUUUAAGCUUCAUCUCCAGUGAGAAACUUAAUGAUUUUUGAGCAUACACUAAUUGCUAUUUCAUGGGGUCUAGAGAUUUCUUCAUUUGUGAUGCGUUUUCUUCUUAGGAGGUUGUGUGCAUCAACUCUGAUGUUAGUUUUCACUUUGCACAACUAACAAUAUGCUUUUAUAUUACCCAUCCCACCCCCUUCACUCA